AUGGGCAAUAACGAGUUCACGGGCAGCAUUCCCGUUACCAUUGGAAAUCUCAUCAAGCUGAAGAAAUUAGUUGCUCGGAUGAAUAAACUCACCGGGAAUAUCCCUUCCACAAUAGGGAACCUAAUAGAGCUACUGGCACUCAUCUUGACUGGGAACAAUUUUCAAGGGAGCAUCCCUCCAAGAAUCAAGAAAUGCCAAAACUUGAUAGCAAUCGACCUUUCGCAGAAUGAUCUAAGUGGAAUCAUACCAUCUCAAGCUUUUACUAUCUCUUCUCUAUCUAUCUUUCUCGAUCUAUCUGAAAACCAAUUGAGGGGUUCCUUACCAGAAGAAAUCGUUACAUUUGGGAUAGUAGCGGCGCUGAUUCUUCUGUUGCUACUGAUGACGUUUUAUUGGCUGAGGAGGAAGAAAAAUGAGGCUUCUCCAGAGACUCCAUCAAUGGGGGGAAUUCAGCGAGUGUCUUACGCAAACAUAGUCAAAGCAACAAAUGAGUUCAGCUCUAGCAAUUUGAUCGGAAUGGGUGGUUUCGGCUCCGUGUAUAAAGGGACCCUAGCAGAUGAAAACAAAAUAGUGGCUAUUAAGGUUUUUGACCUGAAGCAACUAGGAGCAUCCAAAAGUUUCAUGGCAGAGUGUGAAGUCUUGAAAAACAUUAGGCAUCGAAAUCUUGUUAAGAUUCUAACAGCUUGUUCCAGUGUUGAUUUCCAAGGCAAUGAGUUUAAGGCUCUGGUCUACGAGUUCAAGGAAAAUGGUAGCUUGGAGGAGUGGUUGCAUCCGGACCUUGCACCAAAUGGGAUGCCAAGGCAUAGGUUAAGUUUUGUUCAGAGACUAAACAUUGCUUUCGAUGUAGCUUGUGCGGUGGAUUAUCUCCAUCAUCAGUGCCAAACAGUGGUGAUCCAUUGUGACCUCAAGCCAAGCAACAUUCUUCUGGAUGCCCAAAUGAAUGGACAUGUUGGCGACUUUGGCUUGGCUAGGAUAUUCCCAAAUGCCAUUGGUGAUUUGCCCGUGAGUCAAAGAAGCUCAAUUGCACUUAGAGGAACCAUUGGCUAUGCUCCUCCAGGUAUGUAUACUUGCAGUAAAUCCAAUGUCAAUCGUCCUCUUAUAAGCUCUUUCCCUGAUAGUGCAUGUAGGGAACUUGUUGUCUAA